AAAAUGGCGAAACAGAGAGCCGCGAAGUAGAAAACCAGAGGAAGAACCCGAACUGAAAAACUGAUCUUCUGUGGGAGUCUGUGGGAGUCGCACACAGAAUUGAGUGAUUUUUUCUUGAAUAUUUGGUUCUUGAUACAAUUCCACUUGUUUUGCAACCCUGAAUUGUGCCUCCGUUUCUUGAUGUUGUGGCUAAUUGGGGUAGAUUCGUAAUGCAUGUCAUAUUUGCUUGCACUGGAAAAAGCAUGAAAAACUGGUUAUAGUGUGUCCAAGCAAGCACAAAUUUCGUAUUGAUAUUACAUACUCAACGAAAAAUGGAUGUUUCAGUGAUAGAUGUGGAAGGGGAAAGUGCAGACAAUCAUGUAGUAGUAAAUUCUGAAUCCAACAAAGGUAGUAAACAGAAUAUAAUUGAGAAUUCUACAGACUCUGAGGUAAUGAAUCAGGAUGAGGAGGGGGGUCCCAAACCACACGUGGGCAUGGAAUUUGAAUCAGAAGAUGCUGCCAAGACUUUCUAUGAUUCUUAUUCUCGGCAUGCUGGUUUUAGCAUCCAUGUUGGCAAAUUCGACCGUACUAAGCCUGAUGGGCCAAUUGUAACUUGGGAGUUUGCAUGUUCCAGAGAGGUUUUUAAGAGGAAGAACGUUGAAAGCUGCAAUGCUAUGCUGAGGAUAGAAAGAAAAGAUUCAGACAAUUGGAUUGUGACUAAGUUUGUGGAAAAUCAUAAUCAUUCGCUUGUUUCGCCUAGUAGGGUCCAUUACCUGCGACCACGUAGGCAUUUUGCUGGUACUGCAAAGAAUGCAACUGAAACAUUGGAUGCCACCAAUGAUGUUUAUAUUUCUAUGGAUGCCAAUCAUGUGUCUUCCGAACCAAACCGCAUUAGAAAUGUGUCCCCUGUAGAACCCAAUCGUCCAGCUAAGAAUAUUGGGUCUAUGAACUACAUUAGACUUCCUAGCCGAAAAAGAAACCUUGGAAGAGAUGCUCAAAAUCUUCUAAACUAUUUUAAGAAGAUGCAGGCAGAAAACCCCGGCUUCUAUUAUGCCAUACAACUCGAUGAUAAUAACUGCAUGACUAAUGUAUUUUGGGCUGAUGCAAGAUCAAGAACAGCUUACAGCCACUUUGGAGAUGCAGUUAUUUUUGACACAAUGUAUAGACCUAAUCAGUAUCAGGUUCCAUUUGCUCCUUUUACGGGGGUGAAUCAUCAUGGUCAGAUGGUGUUAUUUGGCUGUGCAUUGCUUCUUGAUGAGUCAGAGUCUUCCUUUACUUGGUUAUUUAAGACAUUGCUAUCAGCUAUGAAUGACCAGCCUCCUGUUUCUCUUACCACGGACCAAGAUAGAGCCAUACAAGUGGCGGUAGCUCAGGUGUUGCCAGAAACUCGUCACUGCAUUUGCAAGUGGCAUAUUCUGAGAGAAGGCCAAGAAAGGUUGGGGCACAUAUAUCUUGCUCACCCUUCCUUGUAUGGUGAGCUGUAUGGCUGUAUUAAUUUUUCUGAUACAAUUGAAGAUUUUGAAUCAUCUUGGGUUACUUUGCUUGAUAAAUAUGAUCUCCAAAAAAACGAGUGGCUUCAGGCAGUGUAUAAUGCUCGAGAACAGUGGGCUCCUGUUUAUUUUCGUAGCUCUUUCUUUGCUGCACUUUCAUCAAAUCAAGGGGUUUGCUCCUUUUUUGAUGGAUAUGUAAAUCAGCAGACAACAGUGCCACUGUUCUUCAAGCAGUAUGAAAGGGCUCUUGAACAUUCUCUGGAAAAGGAACUGGAGGCAGAUUAUGAUACAAUUCACACCACACCUGUGCUAAAGACACCAUCACCAAUGGAGCAGCAGGCAUCGAACGUCUACACCAAGAAAGUAUUUGCAAAAUUUCAAGAGGAGCUAGUUGAAACUUUUGUAUAUACAGCAAAUAAGAUUGAGGAUGAUGGGUUCACAGGUAAAUACAGGGUUGCAAAAUACGAGCAUGAUCAUAAGGCAUUCAUAGUCUCUAUGACUGUCUCUGAGUCUGAGAUGAAAGCAAAUUGCAGCUGUCAGAUGUUUGAGUAUUCAGGCAUUCUUUGUAGGCACAUAUUAACCGUAUUCACUGUAACAAAUGUUCUUACCCUUCCAUCGCAUUACAUAUUGACACGAUGGACAAGGAAUGCCAAAUCCUGGUCUGGGUUAGAUGAAAAAGUUGUAGAUCCCCAUUGUAUUGACACUCUUACUCUCCGCUUUAACAAUCUAUGUCGGGAAGCCAUUAAAUAUGCAGAGGAAGGAGCAAUUGCUACAGAAACUUAUAAUGCAGCAAUUGGUGCUUUAAGAGAGGGUUGGAAGAAAAUUGUUGCCAUGAAGAAGAAUGUUGCUAAAAUUGCGCCUCCUACCUCCCAUGGUGGUGGAAAUAGCCAGGAAGAUUGUAACAAGAAAACCUUUUCACCAGCUUCUGAGACAGUCCCAUCAUUGUGGCCUUGGCAAGAGGCAAUGCCACAUCGCUUUAACCUCAAUGAUGUUGGAGUUCCAGUUACUGAUUUGGAUCAUCCCAGUAUGACUUCUGUGUCCUAUCAUCGUGACGGUGGCCAAACAGAUAAGACGGUGGUUCUAACCUGUUUUAAGUCUAUGACAUGGGUUAUAGAAGAUAAAGCAUCGGCUGGUAAAGUAGCUGUCAUAAAUUUGAAGCUACAAGACUAUGGGAAAAAUCCCCCGGGAGAAACCGAAGUACAAUUUAGGCUAACAAGGGCUGCAUUGGAGCCUAUGUUAAUAUCCAUGUCCUACAUCAGUCAGCAGCUUUCAGCACCAGGAAAUAGAGUUGCAAUGAUCAAUCUUAAGCUCCAGGAUACGAAGACAACUUCUGGAGAAACAGAAUUAAAAUUUCAGGUGUCAAGAGAUACGCUGGGAUCCAUGUCGAGAUCAAUGACUUAUAUUCGUGAACAACUAUGAAAUUAGCUAUCCUUUGACGGCGAAAUGCACAACCACCAUGCAUCAGAAUGCCCCUUGACAAGCAAAAAACCAACGACAGUCAUCAAGGUCUAAAGAACUUUCAGCUUUAGAGGCUUUAUGUUAUGCCUUUCUUGAGUUCGUAUGGCUAAAUCUAUACAAGGUUUCGGUCUAACUUUAGUUAGGUACAUUAAUUUUGUUCCAACCCACAUCUCAGUUUUAGACUGGCUUGGUUAUACAUAUUUCUGACUUCUGCUUUUUUCUAUGUAACUCUUGAGUUGGAAACCUGUUUGUAUCAGUAUAUGUAAGUUGUGAAACAGUCAUAUCGUUAUCUGGUCGAGCACUUCAGAGCGUGGAUGUUUGUAUUUUAGGAUGGAAGAUGUGGCUGAUUUGGAGCAAUAUGAAGAUUGAAGUUCCUGCUGACUGGUGUAGGAGCAAAAUCUCUGAUUAUAUUCGCAUAAUAACUCCAGUGGAAAAGAAACUGUGUACAAAAAAAAAAAAAUUCUGGUCAGGUUUCUCGUGUAAUACUGAUUGUGAAUAAUUCCAGAUUAUGGGAUUUAUGUGAAUUUCAAAGACCCUUGUAUUUCUUUUUAAUAUAUAUUGUCUUGUGUUUUUCUUUCA